CUGGCGACCUGUCUAGGGUGUCCCCUGCCUUCGCCCGAGUCAGCUGGGAUAGGCUCCAGCCCCCCCCGCGACCCUAGUGAGGAUUAAGCGGUGUAUAGAUAAUGGAUGGAUAAACUAGUGGAUAGAUAUAAAUAACAGGCGAAUGAAGUGACUCUUAAAAAUAGUAGAUGCAAAAGUAUUCCAAGGAAUUGAAAUACUCAAACACACUAAGUGUAUGUAGAUACAUGUGGAAAAUAUGUAAAUGAGUAAUGCUAAAAUCGUUUAUGUUAAAAAAAAAAAAAAAAACCUCAUUUUUAAACAUACAUUUACUGCCUACAUUUCCCAUCUUGCAUUGCGACGAUACCCGGAAAUAAAAGAAAACAGUCAGCUGACUUGACUGUGUUUCUCAGUAGUUUGUGGCACUUUAAAGCCAUUUGUUUAAGGGUUUUGAAAUAUCAUAAUUAUUUUAAUAGUAUUGUCAGACGUCAGUGGGUGGACAUCAUGUUACGGCCGAAGGCUUUGACGCAGGUCCUCAGUCAAGCGAACACAAACGGAGUCCAAAGCACUCUCCUGCUGAACAAUGAAGGCUCACUCCUGGCUUACUCCGGCUACGGCGACACGGACGCUCGCGUGACAGCUGCGAUCGCGAGCAACAUCUGGGCGGCUUACGACAAGAACGGACACCAAGCCUUCAACGAAGACAAACUCAAAUUCAUUCUCAUGGAUUGUAUGGAGGGAAGAGUGGCCAUCACUCGUGUCGCCAACCUACUGCUGUGUAUGUACGCCAAAGAGACGGUGGGCUUUGGGAUGCUUAAGGCUAAGGCAGAAGCUCUGGUGCAGUACCUGGAGGAACCUUUAACCCAAGUGGCUGCAUCGUAGUGGAGACUGAAGCUCUGCGUCUGUCUGCCUGAAACAAAAAACGUUAUGUGAUCCAGGUCAUUCAUGGACUACUGUAACAUUCUGCUUGUUCACUAAGUGCACACUGCUAAUGUAUCUAUGAGUGACUGAGCCUCUGUGUGUGUGAAUGAUUGAAACUGAUAACUUGUACAUGUAUGUUUUUUUUUGUUUGUAGCUCUUCGCUCUAAUUCUUCAGUCGAAUGAUCUGCAGAUUCCAAUUUCAGCCGAUUCCGCAGUCAGUUCACUCUUCUGUAGUUUUUAUUAGUUUUUUUUCUGAGACCUGCUGAUCAGAGUCGCAGAGAAAACUGAAAUUUUUCAAUUCCAUCAUGACAAAAUGCAUAUUAUAACAAAAGAUGUGUGGAAACUUUCUAGUUGUUUGAUUUAGUUGUGCUUUAUUACAAAGGUGGUAAAUAAAGAAAGAAAAAAUGGA